AUGGAAGAAACUUCUAUAAAGACAAAUUCAACAAUUUUACAAAAUGAUUUAAAAGAAACAACAGCAAUACUUCGAUUUGAAGUACCUUUAAAAAAAGGUCAAGGAAAUAAUGUAAUUUAUUUUCCCGACUUGAUUAAUCCACCAAAGGCUGAAAUAACAAUGAAUAAUCAAAACUUCUUUACUAGUGAUAAUUCUUCGUUAGAACAAAAUUUGGAUGAAAUGGAUUUAGAAAAUUUUGUAGUAUCAGAAACCGCAGAUUUUUUGGAACAUAUGGCCGUUGAAAAACGUCCCGAACCAAAAUUUUACGCAAUCUCAAGAAAAAGUACUACUCCCGGUUUUUUUGGUGCUGGAACUAAUAUAAAUCCACCUGAAAAUAUUCUUCAAUUCUUUAAUAAUGAAAUAUCAAAUGAUAAAUCAUCCACUAUCACUUCCAAUACUGAGACAAUUGAAAAUAAUGAAAAUAAAAAUUUAAAUAAACCGACCAAGUCAAGAACAAGAAAGAAUGCUACAACAUCAAAAUCAAAGGGCAAAAAAGCCAUUAAGCAAGAAGAGAAACUAACGUCGUCAGUUAGUGAAGCUGUUGGCAGUAUGUCAAAAAAAACAAAAAGACAACCUUCUUCUCAGCAAUCAGAAACAAAAGCUAAAAAACAAAAGACUAAAGUUAAUGAAGGAAAUAAAACGAUUAUUAAAAGCGAAUCAAAAUAUUUAGAAAUCCAAAGAUUAUUGGAAAAACACAAACGUCGCAAAGAGAAAAAAAUUAAUAAAGAUGCUUCUACCAGUGGUAUAGUAAGUAGUAGUUCUUCAAAAAAUUCAACUCCUAUAGCUAAAUCAUUAAAAUCUUUAAUUCAUGUCGAAGAUGAUUCAUCUCUAUCAUUAUCUUCAACUUCAUCGACUGAGUCUUCUCCAAAGAGAAAAGGCCGGAUCGAAGUUCGUUCGCGAGGGAGUUCUUCAACUUCAUCUACAGUAACCUCUACAAAAGCGAGCAAAGUGAAUACGAAAUCAAAAUCAAAGACUAGUAAUCCAAAUAAUUAUAAUGCAGAAAGUCCUGGAUUAACACCGAUGACAAUAUCUUCCGAAUCUACCCCUACUCCUUAA